UAACCGAAAAUUAAGUAGCUCACGACUAAAACUUUCAUAGCGCAACCGAAUGAACUCUCAGCUCUGAGUGCACAGAAAAACUAGGAACUUUCCAUCACGGAAAAAAAGAUGUUCCAAGCAUAAUCGUCUUUUCACCACACCUCCUGCAUAUUAUCUAUCUGAAAGCUGUGUCCUUUUUUUUUUUUUUUUCAUUAAUGGUCUAAGAGCGAUUUAGCAGUUAUUUCUUGCAGCUCAACUAACCCAUACGAAUUAUUCCAUAUUGGAGCGUACCAUCGGGAUUGAGAACGUCACUUAAUAGCUAGAAUAUAAGUUUCAUCACAUGGACAGCAAACCUAAUUAAUAGAUAUGAAAACAUUAUAAGCAGGCUAUGAAAAGAUUGAAAUUUUGAAAGAUUUAAAGCUACCUACAGGCUUCUGAGACAAAAAAAAAAGGUGAUGGAAUAAAUAAGGAUUUAGAAAACUUGUAUCAAAGAAAACAAUCGAAAGCUAGAAAAUGCCUACACAAGUUAGUGGAGUUCUAGAUUCGCAAACGGGAAGAGAAACCACAUCAACACUGUUAUAACUGACAGAAUAUUUAAGAUGUUCAAAAGCGUGGAAGAUUUUAUGAUGAAAAUGGCCAUGGCUGAAAUCACCUGUGAUCAUAAGUCUUGUUGGGUCAGGUAUGACUUGGGAUUAAACAACAAAGGUACACUAGAUAGUGGAGUUCUUGAUAGACAAUACCUGAAGAUGUGCUGGACAGUGGGCAUGCCUAAUUUUAGCACUCUCUACUGAUCAGAGGUGCGUUCUUCCCUUACUAGAAAUGACAGUUGGUUGAUUAUCGUCGCCGCCUCUUUACUAAAUAUAUAAACACUGUAGAUAUUAUUUCUUUAGAUUUGUUUACAUUGUCUCAGUAAUAACUAAUAAAUUGAUGUAAUCAAGAGAUUAUUCAUUUACCAGAUUAAAAAAAAAAAAAACUACAUAUAUCUUGUAAGAAUGUUCUGGUGAAUCUAUCAGUCUUCAUAAAUUUCUCGUAUAUUACGUCAAGAUAUCAUUUCAUCUAAGAUCUACAUUGUUAUGUUAUCAGAUGACGCCAAGAAAAAAAAAUUUUCGCUGUAGAUUAUCAACUUUUGAACACUAAAAUAUCUUCAUCAAGCUGGUGUCAUCUUGUUUCUUCAACUUUUGGCUGAAUGGCUGUGAAAUAUUUCCUUAGAAUUAAGAUUAUUUACAAAACUUCCUGUACAAAUGCCCUCUAAAAGAUUUUCUGCACAUAUUAAACAUGGAAGAUUUGCCCUGAAGUUUGAAUUGUUAAGUGCAAGGAUUUAUAUAUCUAGAUGUAUCUUAUUUAUUAUAUUAGUUUAAUGAAACUUUAAUUGCUGAUUGUUAAUUAUAAGAUUCUGAACUAAUAAAUCCACUUGAAGUUCUUUUCUUACAAGAAAAGUAUGGAGGAGAAAGCAGAGCCUGAAAAUACUGAUUCAUCUGAUCAAACACAAGAAAGUACAGAAGUGAAUUUAUAUGCUUGUGAUAUGUGUGGAAAAUUAUUCAGCACAAGCAAUCUGUUAUUUUCCCAUAAAUGUAUUCUCUCUAGUAGCAAAAACUUGCACCACUGUGAUAUUUGUGAUAAAACAUUCUCUCAAAAUAGCAGUUUACUUUCCCACAGACGUAUUCAUACAGGAGAAAAACUGUUCCAAUGUGAUAUCUGUGGCAAAAAUUUGUCUCGAAAGGAUAAGUUAUCUAUCCACAAACGUAUUCACACUGGGGAAAAGCCAUACACUUGUGAUAUUUGUAGUAAAGCAUUCUCUGAGAAAGGUGGUUUAGUUGCUCACAAACGUAUUCAUACAGGAGAGAAACCAUACCAUUGUGAUAUCUGUGACAAAUCAUUUUCUGAAAUGCGUAAUCUAGUUUCCCACAAACGUAUUCAUACAGGAGAAAAACCAUACAAAUGUGAUGUUUGUGAUAAAGCAUUCUCUGUGCCUGGCAAUUUGGUUACCCACAAACGUGUUCACACUGGUGAAAAACCUUAUCAAUGUGACAUCUGUGGGAAGUCGUAUUCUGGAAGCUCUAACUUGUCUACACACAAACGUAUUCACACAGAAGAGAAACCAUACCACUGUGAUAUCUGUGAUAAAUCAUAUUCUGGAAGUGCUGCUUUGUCCCGCCACAUACGUCUUCACACAGGAGAAAGACCAUAUCACUGUGAUGUUUGUGGUAAAACAUUUUCUCAAAUAGGUCAUUUCUCUCGUCACAUACGUAUUCACACAGGAGAAACACCAUACCACUGUGAUAUCUGUGGCAAAACAUUCUCUGAAAGUGGUCAUCUCUCUCGACACAAACGGAUUCACUCAGGUGAAAGACCAUACCACUGUGAUAUAUGUAAUGAAGCUUUUUCUAGAAGUGAUAGUUUAACUCAACAUAAACGUAUUCACACAGGGGAGAAACCAUACCAUUGUAAUAUUUGUGGUAAAGCUUUCUCCAUUGCUAGCAAUUUAGUUGCCCACAAACGUAUUCAUACAGGAAAGAGACCAUACUACUGUGAAAUCUGUGGUAAAACAUAUUCUGGAAGUGCUGAAUUGUCUCGCCAUGUACGUAUUCACACAGAAGAAAGACCUUAUGACUGUGAUAUCUGUGGUAAAACAUGUUCCGGAAGUGCUAAUUUGUCUUGUCACAUGCGUAUUCACACAGGAGAAAGACCAUACCAUUGUGAUAUCUGUGGUAAAACAUUCUCUCAAAGUGGUCAUUUCUCUCGACACAAACGUAUUCACUCAGGAGAAAGACCAUACCAUUGUGAUAUCUGUAGUGAGACAUUUUCUAGAAGUGAUAAUUUAACUCAACACAAACGUAUCCACAUAGGAGAGAACUUACAGCCAUGUGAUCUGUAGGUAACACAAAUAGAACAUAAUGAAUUUGUGUGUAUUGAUUUUACCACAUCACUGUUAUCAUAUUCUUAUUCAUCACCAUCAGUGUUUAAUGGCAAUCAUUCUAUUCUGGUAGUCUAUCUGAUAGUCCAUUGUAACUUUCGUGUGCACUUGAUCAUCUGGAUAGUUUAUGCCUCCAUUAAUAUUUAUUAUUCCUCUCCAUUUUGGACAUUAGAAUUGCCAAAGAACAUAUCCUUUAUUUUUGUUUGUACACAUUAUUGAACUCAUAUUUGCUUACUUCAAAUAUAUUGAGCAAUAGUUUCUCCACAUAGUUUCCUUUGCACACAUAAGACUACAGACAGUGGUGCCAUCUGAAGUAUUCUCCUAAUUGAUAAAUGUAAAGCAGGGUGUCUGUUCUUAACUCGAAUCUCUUGCUGUUGUCUCACUGAAAUUAUAGAACUUCUUAGUAACAAACACAAGCUCUACCUUCUCUUCUGUACUAACUUGACUAUACAAUGUAUAUUUGGUCAAUCACACUGAGACCUGUGUAAUUUUCCAUUUCUAGUGCAUAUUCUUUAUUGCAGUUGAUCAUGAAAGAGCUACUUCAGCCAUUAUCUUCCUGCACUCGAAGUAUAUUUUGUAGAGUAGUUAAAUAUCUUGAUACUUUAACUUUCCCUGAUGAACCUGCUUCCAUCUUACUUAUUUUUAUCAUGCUGGUAACCAGGCAAUUUGUUUCUUUCCACUGGAAACAGUUCUUCAUUGUCCCAUUUAUACUUUCAUUCUCAACCACACAUAAUAGCACUUCCCCUUUCUUGUCACUUAAUGAAAGCAAGUACACUGGUAUUAUUUUUGACACAUUUUUCUGUGGACAUUCUAGUUCAUAUGAACAAAUUGUAUUGCAAUUUGAACUGUUUUUAUAAGUUGGUGAAGUAUUUCCUGAACCUAAAGAAAAGACCUAGCCUCUGUGACGGGAUUUAUUGUUAUUGUAUUUGUGGGUUUGCUAUGAGCAAUCAUCAGAGAUUGUGAGGUCUAGCAUAUGUAGCGAUAUAAAUUUUUCGGUGUCUACUGUUCGUGACAGAAUGGUUAAGGUACAAGACUGUUCUCUUGCUAUGUAUAGUAACUCUUUGUGUUGAUGAAUCUAAGUUAUUAUGCUCCCAUUGAAGAAUAUUCUCAAAAUCAUUAUUCAUAGAAGCUGUUACUUCACUAGUAAGAUGAGUACAAAAUCAAUCUGUAGCUAAUACCCACUUGACAAGUAUGUUACUAGUUGGUUGGCUAUCUUUCUGAAGAUUGUGUUGCAAAUGUUAAGAUCAUGUAUAUCAGAGAAAUGCAGAUAUUUUAAUCAUUUUUGUUUACAUGUUCCAUGUUCAAAGCUUCCAUAUUUGUUAGUAAACCAUCCUAGUAUUUCUUAACAUUGUCAUUGAAGAUGACAUCAGUUCUUCAGGCAGCCUUACAAAGUCCUCAUAGAAUUUGUUCUUGUCUUUUACCACAAAAUGAUAUUUACGUGAACCAUAACAACUUCAUAGGAUAACCUUUUAGAACAUUUCAAUAGCUAAUCCAGUGUUACUGUGACUACCACUGAAAAUGAGAACAUAGUGAAGAACAGAAAACACAAUUUCAUUAAAAUAAAACCUUGAAAUAUAAUUU